AUGCCCCAGUUCCUGGACUUCAUAUGUCUAUAUGGGUCAUCGGACACCGAGGAUAAUGGUCUGCGAUUCAGCGGCUUCAAAAGCGCGAAGGUGCUCAAAAACCCAACGCCAGCAAUGUGUAUUCCACAAAUGGAUCGGAGUGGCAGAGCCUUCCAGCUAUGCUACAACCUCAAGGUAACUAGGUGGGGAGAAGUGGAUAAUACCAUGAGUUGGACUAUCGAGCAGUAUGCCGUAUAUCAUCGCUUCGACGUCGGUACCGGCGUUCAAGUCUGGAUGAUUGGUGACCCCCAUGCUGAGAUAAAGGAGCGUGUAGGUGAGAUGUUUCGCGAAAGGGGCGCGCACCAGUCGAAGUUUGACACCAUCGACCACGCCUUAGGAUCUUCCCUUGAGACGCACUUGGCACUUGCAGCAUGGGUCACGUCUCAAUGGAAGCGUGCCGUACUUGAUCUUGGCAAGAUCAUAAAUGAUCUGAACCUGGAAAUUGCCUACAUCGAAGCCACUUUUGACCGGGAAAACCAGAGUUCGGCCACUUUAGGGGAGGUGCAAAAGUGGGAGGACAAAACCAAUGAAACCGCAAUAAUAAUGGCGUUCAACGUCAACGUCUUGAAGCUGUUUAGAGAAUUCUAUAAAGGGCUCGUUCACGAUGAAAACUUUCCCAAUAGAGAGAGGUGGGCCUGCCAACAAGAGGUUCAUAAGUUUGCAUCCCAAGUCGAUGAGGUCAUUGAUGAGGCCGAGAUGCUUGCCUCGAUGGCGACAGGGCUGGCGAAAGUCGUAGCUCGCAAGAAAGCAUCGGCAACCUUCACUUUGCAGUUCAUCCAAUUCCUUCAGGGACAAACUGCCGCUGUUGCGUACGAAUUGAACAUCAAAAUGUUCGAGCAAGCGAAUCAAAGCGCUACCGAGGCAAUCGCAAUGCGGAUAAUCACCGUCGUUACUUUGAUAUAUCUUCCUGCAACUUUCUCCAGUGUAAACAUUCUUUAG